GAUGAGAGUGGGAGGUCCUCUGUGGCGUGACGUCGCGAUUGGCCCGGUGCCUUUUUCUUCAGCAGGGUCUCCAUACCUCUCUCUCUCUCUCUGUGAUCAGUGGGCGAGAGGGGGGAGACGAGCAACACACAGCGGAGAAUCCGGGUGUGCGCCUCCGUCAUCAUCAUUAUCAUCAUCCUGCUUGCCAUCGUCCUUUUCCAUCACAGCGCCAGUUCUGGAACAGCCCACUUCGGUCCUGGAGACGCCCGAGUCUGCAGUAGCAGCAGCAGCAGCAGCAGCAGCAGCAACAGCAGCGCGAUCUGCGUUUUUCCCUCCCCAGCCUUUUAUCUGAAUGACGGGCGGAAGGUUUGACUUCGACGACGGUGGUACUUACUGCGGGGGGUGGGAGGAUGGCAAAGCCCACGGGCACGGCAUCUGCACCGGACCCAAGGGCCAGGGCGAAUACGCCGGGUCCUGGUCGCACGGCUUCGAGAUCGUAGGGGUGUACACCUGGCCAAGCGGGAAUACCUACAAGGGCUACUGGUCCCAGGGGAAGCGGCACGGGCUCGGCGUGGAGAAUAAAGGCAGGUGGAUCUAUCGAGGAGAGUGGAGUCACGGCUUUAAGGGUCGCUACGGGGUCCGGCAAAGCCACAACACACCUGCCAGAUACGAAGGGACCUGGAGUAACGGGCUGCAGGAUGGAUAUGGGGUCGAAACGUACGGCGAUGGCGGAACCUAUCAAGGCCAAUGGAUGGGUGGGAUGCGUCAUGGUUAUGGCGUCCGUCAGAGUGUUCCCUAUGGCAUGGCCACCGUCAUCCGUUCCCCGCUUCGUACAUCCAUGGCCUCUCUGCGCUCUGAGCAGAGCAACGGUGCAGUCCUCCAUGACCUCUCCUCCCCUGUGGACACGCCGACGGGCACUCGCGGUGGUUUCGUCCUCAACUUCCACUCAGACAGCGAGGUCGUCACCGGCAAGAAGAAGGGCCUGUUCCGCCGGGGUUCGCUUUUUGGCAGCCUUAGGCAGUUGCGCAAGUCUGACUCUCGGACCUCUAUCUCCAGCAAACGCAGCUCCGCAAGGAGCGAUGCCACCAUGAGCCGAAUCAGUUCCAGCGAUGCCAACUCCACCAUAUCAAUCGGUGAUGGCGAGCUGCCAGACGAGGACCUACCUCUGGAGGACCACGUGGAUGCGACCACGACUGAGACCUACAUGGGGGAGUGGAAGAAUGACAAGCGUAAUGGAUUUGGUGUUUCGGAGAGAUCCAACGGGAUGAAAUAUGAAGGAGAGUGGCUUAACAACAAGCGUCAUGGCUAUGGGUGCACUGUUUUCCCAGACAGCACCAAAGAAGAAGGGAAGUACAAAAAUAAUGUGCUGGUGCGUGGAAUAAGAAAGCAGUUGAUUCCUCUUAAGAAUCCCAAAACCAAAGAGAAGGUAGAUCGCGCUGUGGAGGGGGCACAGCGGGCUGCAGCCAUUGCGAGGAGUAAGGUGGAAAUAGCCGCUUCCAGGACGGCCCACGCCAGGACAAAAAGCGAGGCAGCAGAACAAGCCUCCAUCUCUGCCGUGCAUGAGUCGGAAAUUGCCAGGGCGGUUGCCAGGGAGCUCUCCCCCAACUUUUACCAGCCAGGACCAGACUACAUAAAACAACAGUCAAAAGAACCAGUGGAAAUUAAAGAGGUCCCUGUUGAAAAAAAGGAAGAAUCCCCACAUGAUUCUCCUCACUUUUACCGCAAAGGCACAACUCCACCCCAUUCUCCUGUAGCUAGUCCUGCAACCACUCCUCCCCCCUCACCUGAGACUAAGAAGAAGACUGGCCAGAUUGGCAACAGCAUCAGCCACAAACCGAGCAAAGAGGAAAAACCAUCCCGCAAGAUAAGCAAAGAGGAGAAGUCCAGUUAUAAGGCCAGCAAGGAUGAGCGAUCUAGCAGGAAGCUAAGUAAAGAAGAGAGACUAUCCUUCACUGAUGGCCCCAAGACUUCUCAUACACACAUUGAGGCUCCUCCUAAACCAACUAAAGUUCAGCAACCGGCCCCAGCAACCGCUCCCCCUGUGCAGCCUCCUACUGUUCCAGUCAAUGGCCAGCUACACUCUGAAUAUCACAGUUACUACGUUAAAGCCACUCCACGGGGCCCUCCACCUCCUGAGCCCGAAGAAGUGGAAGAAGAGCCUAGUGCCCAAGCUCUGGCACGUCUGCCCCCACAACCUAAGUCUUUCAGCACCCCUAUCCCUACUCCUAAGCCACCUUCCAUUCGGGACAGCAAGAGCGACCCAAAACUCAGGAAGCAAGAUUCCCUAAAACCAAAGAGCCUUGCAGACACAAAGAAAGCAAGCAUGGAAAUUGCGGAAAGCACAGAAGAAACAGGUCCUAACUCAAUCCUUGUUGCUAUGGUAAUGCUGUUGAAUAUUGGCCUUGCAAUUAUAUUUGUCCACUUUCUGACAUGAUGAUAUUGUUUCUAUGUGAAACCAUGGCAACUGGUAUAGUUGCAUUGCCGGCCUUGAAAAGUGAAAAUGGCGCCAGAGAAACGGGGGCGGCCGGAGGUGUUUAGGAAUCAGCAUGACACCGAAGAGAAUGAGGAGAGAGGCAUCACUACUAUCAACCUGUCUUUGGCCCUCUUUAGGGCCAACCCUGUCAAUUAGCACUCCUUUGGCUUCUGUAUAAGCAGAAGUGAAAUGUUAUGUCUAGUGAGUUAAAAAAAAAAAUGAAGAAAAAAAAAGUGAAAACACAACCAAACGUACAAAGUAUGAAAAAAGAAGUUCUUGAAAAAUACAUGUGUGCUGACCCAAGCUCAGGUCUCUGUAGCCCACUCUCACUGCCUUGGCAGAGAUAGUAGUGGGCUGACGGACCUUGCUGGAGGAGUGCGGAGAUGCACUUUUAGUUGACGGGAGCAAACAGCUGCCUUUCUAUUUUGCCAUCUGACGUUUUGAUGGGGAGAUGUGAGCCCAGACCCAGGGCGGCCAAGAGAGCGAUAGUGAGACAGAGAGACAGGGGGAGGGGGGGCGAUGGUGUUGGUGGAUGGGGCUAGGGACUUGGGUGUUUGGAGGGUUUUACUGGGGUUCAAGCCACUCUUGCAAAAGCAAACCGUGCAUGACCGUUGCCAGUAGUCAGUGCUUGCACGGUCACUAGCCAGUCUUACUCUGUUAAUCCAAACAUCCCUGCAGCUUUCUCAAGCUCCAUCCAUUGUAAUCCAGGAUACACUGCUUUUGAAACACUCCCCAUGCAUGGUACAGUUUUAAAUUUUUUGUUUGUUGUUCUUAUGUAGCUUUUUGUUCACUGUUGUCCUCCAACUGUUGGUUACCUGCAUUCUUGUAGAAACUUUGUCAGAGAAUGAGUAAAAUAAUUGUUUUUUUCCCCCCGUUUUAUUUCAAUUUUACUCAUUUCUACCAAUUGAGCUGUAAUUUGACAUUACACAUCCAUGUUUCUGAAAGUGCAAUAUGUUUAUUUUUUUUGUCAAAGGCUUAUAAUCUAUUUUGCCAGAGAUAGUGUUAUGCUAUUCUAAUAAAAAUCUGUUUUAUUUGUCAAACACAGGUGAUUUGAAUAGCCUGUUUUUUUUUUUUCUUUUUUUAAAUAUGGCAUUCACUAAUGGCAGGAAUUGUGAUGAUGAACUUGGUUUAUUCUUGAAAAGGCAGAUAGCUCUGUGAGAGUGAAGUAACAAAUGUCUUAUAUUAUUUAUGAAAUGAGAAGAGAAAAGAAUAUAUUUUAUUGUACAUGCCUACACCCUUCCGCUUUAAUGAAGUUUGUUAUUCGCUUUCACUGUUUCACGCCACAACUGAGAUGCAAAACCACAGCUUCCCGAAGCUGCUGGAGUAAAAAAAGACCCAGCCGUGCAUGUGUAUGAGACUGGAUUUUGUGGACAGUGGAACUUUAUUCAGGUUUAGACCAUGGGGAAUGUGGAUCCAGGGAGAAGAAGAUAUGCCUUUAGAAGUCUUUAACAGUGCUACUGUUUACCUCAAAAGAGAUGAGGAAGGGAGGGAAGGGAAAUAGAUGCCAUCCUUGUCUUAACUCUAUUGUAGAUGGGUUGGGGGGGGGAGAUGUUUUGACUGUUGUCGUCACCUGAACCAUGCUUUUGACUUGCUUCAUCCUAGCUGCUUGUAGUCUUUGUUGCGGGUAUGGCAUGAGUUUCUUUGAUUUCCAAAGUGGUUAUUUAUUUGGUGGACAUUUUACUAUCACCUCUACCAAGAUGGAAUAUUUAUUCAUUGUACAACUGAUGUGUUUGUUUAAACAUUGGUCAUCACCAAAAAAAAAGGGCUUAAAAUAUAUAUAUUUAGGUUUUAACAACUGCAAAUCUGUUCCGAAGGUUAGAUUUGAUUGUUGUCAAAAAUUAAAAUGAGCAACAAAAAACAGUUUGAACAAUUCUUGAACCAGUUUGGCAUUUGGACAAACUACUGGAAAACAUACUACUGAAAUUUAGUCGUAAUAUUCUAUAGACAAUAAAAAUAAGUGAAGACUAGUCUUUUAGAAGGUUUAACAGAACAGCCUGUUGGAUAUUUUUUUGAAAUACAACAUUGCAUGUUGGAGAAAUUUCUAUAUAGAUUAUUAUAUACUGUUUGUAAGGAUUUUUACAGAGCACAAUCCAGAAUCUGGUAUGAGUCGGUAUUUUUCUAACAAUUUGCACAUCUGUAUUUUGACAAUGAAGAUAACUUUUGUUUGUAAUUGGUAAUGUAAUGCACAUAUGAUAAUGUUCGAAAGUGGAAAAAACAUAGAUAUUUUAUUUCUAAUUGGUCAUACUGUAUGUACCAUUUGGGGAUGUGAAGGGCAGAUGUACUUGUUUUGAGGAUUUUAUGAAGAAAAAAAAAACCUGUGGGAGAGUUUUGAUAUGUUAAGAUUCACGAUACCCCACUGAUUUGUGCAAAGUCUUUGGAGAUGAACUUAUGUGUAUAAAAUAAAGUUAUUAUGCCUUGUUAAACAGAAUGAUGCAUUUAUUGGCUAUUUUUAUUACCAUCACUAGUAGAAUCAUAACUGCCCUCCUCACAGAGGAGGCUUUUAGGCUUUUGUUCUGUUUUUGUAAAUCAUAACAUUGUCCUAUAUUUAUAUCCUGCACAGUAAAGACCUAUAUCAACUUAUUUGGUGAGUA